AUAGUAUUUUAUUUUUUCCUCAUUUUAAUUAUUUGCUAAGACGUCGAGAUGAUCUGAGAUAAAUGUGCACCUUAAUCACACUUUUUAGGCGUCCCAAUAAAAGUGCGAUACCGUCGUUGCUCGUUGGGAGUGAGAAUGGGUCAAAAAAGGAUAGUCAAAUACUGUUUGUUAGACCAAGCCCACGCAUGGGCUCCAUCAAGCGUUUUAACGUUAAGUAGAGCCGCUAACAAAGACGCGAACCGCACCGAUCGCUGCUAAAAAGGGCUCGAAAACGAAAAGCUUACGUACGGUUCGUAACGGGGCUUAGGGCCGAUUUCUUCACCUCGGCUCAACCGGUAAGCCAGGCUUACCCAUAUAGUUAAACCUAGUUUAACGCUUAAGCCAAGGUGAAGAAAUCGGCCCUUAGAGUUUAGAGACAAGCAAACUACGGUCUCUAUCCGUAGGCUCGUGCGCUCUCUCGCGUUCAACUCUCUGGGUAACGCAAAGAGGAGACGAAAGAAUAUGAGUAGGGAUUUGUUGACAAUCGUUCCUAUUCGGUUCAUAUAGUUUGUAGAGAAUAAUUUUCCAGUUUUGUGUAGGUAAUUUAUUUUAGUUUAUAUCAAAUAUUGAUACACUCCGCCCUUAUUUUACGUCCACUAUCGGGGGGGGGGGCGUAAAUCAAAUUGGACGUAAAAAAAAAAUCACAGUACUUACCUAAUUUUAUCAAAAUACCAAUGUUAGAUGCAAGUAUACCUUCUCCAUGUGUUCAGCAAAGUUUGAGUACUGACCAAGGGCUAUCAUGUGUGGCCAUUCACUGUUCGAAAUUUUGACCUCAGAUGGCAACACUGAUCGAUCUACAUAAAAUAGUCCAUUAUCUGGGGGUGUUGCUUCAAGGCACUGGUAAACGUAGUUACCAAGUAAAGUUUUAGACUUCCCUAACUCGUGAUACAAAGCAGAUAGAAAAGUGCCGUCUUCGGCAAAGUUGUUCAGAAGGAUAAGAACAUUCUGUUGAUUUACCAAUUAGUUGAAGAUUUCGCCGCUAGGUGGCGCUAGUUAUCAAGUGAAUUUUUAGACUUUUCUAUCUCGCGAUCCAAAGCAGAUAGAAAAGUGCCGUCUUCGGCAAAGUUGUUCAGAAGAAUAAGAGCAUUAUGUUGAUUUACCAAUUAGUUGGAGAUUUCGCCGCUAGGUGGCGCUAGUUAUCAAGUGAAGUUUUAGACUUUUCUGUCUCGCGAUCAAAAGCAGAUAGAAAAGUGCCGUCUUCGGCAAAGUUGUUCAGAAGAAUAAGAGCAUUCUGUUGAUUUACCAAUUAGUUAGAGAUUUCGCCGCUAGGUGACGCUAGUUAUCAAGUGAAGUUUUAGACUUUUCUAUCUCGCGAUCAAAAGCAGAUAGAAAAGUGCCGUCUUCGGCAAAGUUGUUCAGAAGAAUAAGAGCAUUCUGUUGAUUUACCAAUUAGUUGGAGAUUUCGCCGCUAGGUGGCGCUAGUUAUCAAGUGAAGUUUUAGACGUCUCUAACUCGUGAUCCAAAGCAGAUAGAAAUGUGCCGUCUUCGGCAAAGUUGUUCAGAAGUAUAAAAGCAUUCUGCUGAUUUACCAAUUAGUUGAAGAUUUCCCCGCUAGGUGGCGCUAGUUAUCAAGUGAAGUUUUAGACUUUUCUAUCUCGCGAUCCAAAGCAGAUAGAAAAGUGCCGUCUUCGGCAAAGUUGUUCAGAAGGAUAAGAGCAUUCUGUUGAUUUACCAAUUAGUUGGAGAUUUCGCCGCUAGGUGGCGCUAGUUAUCAAGUGAAGUUUUAGACGUCUCUAACUCGUGAUCCAAAGCAGAUAGAAAUAUGCCGUCUUCGGUAAAGUUGUUCAGAAGUAUAAAAGCAUUCUGUUGAUUUAUCAAUUAGUUGGAAAUUUCGCCGCUAGGUCGCGCUGGUUAACAAGUUAAGUUUUAGACUUCUUCAACUCGUGAUCCAAAGCAGAUAGAAAAGUUUUUCGGAAGUAUAAGAGCAUUCUGUUGAUUUACCAAUUAGAUGGAAAUUCCGCCGCUAGGUGGCGCUAGUUAACAAGUAAUGUUUUAGACGUCUCUAACUCGUGAUCCAAAGCAGAUAGAAAUGUGCCGUCUUCGGCAAAGUUGUUCAGAAGUAUAAAAGCAUUCUCUUGAUUUAUCAAUUAGUUGGAGAUUUCACCGCUAGGUGGCGCUAGUUAUCAAGUAGAAUUUGAGACUUUUCUAUCUCGCGAUCCAAAGCAGAUACAAAAGUGCCAUUUUCGGCAAAGUUGUUCAGAAGGAUAAGAGCAUUCUGCUGAUUUACCAAUUAGUUGGUGAUUUCGCUGCUCGGUGGUGGUAAUCAUCAAAGUGUAGAAUUAGCAGUAGUUAAAAUAUACAAAAAAAAAUUAAAAAGGUGAUCAUUAAAUAAAGUUCCAGACUUCCAAAUUUUGGGGUCGAGAGUAGAUAGAAAAGUGCCGUCUUCGAAUACCUUGUUCAGAAGGAUAAGAACUAUUUGUUUAUCGGUUGACCGUGAUCCCUUCUGUAUACGUUUCAAGGUGUAUUAAGUAGUGAAGCAAAAAAUAUGAAUGGAAAAUUUCUUUUAUUGUUCUCUUUCGUUUUAAAUCCAGUGUUGACAGAAAAUAAAAAAAUAAACAACUUAAUCGUACAACUGCCCUUAUUUUAGUUAACCCAUUCUCUCUUCAUCGACCGAGCAAUUUUUGGCAGCCAAAACAGUAGCUGACUGCUGUUUGAAAAGCUGAUUAUACCGAAGCGUCACUCUCCGCAAAUCAGCCCGAAAUUGCACGGCUCGUUCAACAUCAAGGUCCUCAUCCAAGGCCAGAUCAUUACAUCAAAAACAUGACAAUUACAUACAAUGGUGAUAAUAAAUUGAAAGCCAAUUGGCAGCCCAAACAGUAACUGACUGCUGUUUGAAAAGCUGAUUAUACCGAAGCGUCACUCUCCGCAAAUCAGCCCGAAAUUGCACGGCUCGUUCAACAUCAAGGUCCUCAUCCAAGGCCAGAUCAUUACAUCAAAAACAUGACAAUUACAUACAAUGGUGAUAAUAAAUUGAAAGAGACAUUGAUUGAGACAUUUCUUCGCCGAUCAUACAUAUCGAAAAUGUAUUGAUUUUCUCAUAAAAGUAGUUACGAUUGUUCUAAAUUGCACCUUCAAAGUUUUAUUCGGCCGAUCGUUUUCAAACUUAUAUUCGAAGAAUUUAUAUUGAAUAGUAAUUCAGUUCGGUUACUUUGAUACAUGUGUCAUAUCUCUGAUACGCUGCAAUCAUCAAUAUUUACUAGGACAGUAAUUGGGCGUGAUCUUACACACGGAGCCGCCAAACUACCCAAGUAUGAGUUCUUUUGACGCAACCCCAUAGUUUGGCCCAAUAACUCAAAUCUGAGUAAAUAGAUUAAACUCACACUAGGUAGUUUGCCUUUAACUCCAGCAAACAAAUAUACUCAAGAGUAGGUAAAUUCAACCCAAACGUAAGUUUUUUCAACCCAAUUUUGACAAAAAUGGCAUUUACCCAAAAUUAGCUUAUUGUGCCAAAGCACCCCAAGUGGGUCGAUGCAGCUUGCUUUGUUAUUGACAACAUCGGUGGGAGAAAAAAAGAAAACAACCUAUUUUUUGGUAGAAAGUUUAAACGAUAUAUUAACUUUUGAGUAAAAUAAACUCAAAAAAUAGGUAGUUUUAGUUCUCCGUGCACGAUUAAUUUCCAGGGUGUUUCCUCGUACUGGAUUUAGAUUAGAUAAAAGUAGUUACGAUUGUUUAGAGAUACUUAUGGAUAUGGGUUCAUUCAAAAGUUGAAUAUUUAAUAUGUAUUACGUAACUAUUUUUAGGAUUUUUCUGGCUUUUCAGUCCGAUUGUGAGAUCAAAAACAAUCUUAUUUAUUUAUUUAUUUGGUUACAUCAACAGGCAUAGUUUUGCCCCAAUGAUGAUUAAUAGUAGUAUAACAUAUAACAAUUACAUUAAUAGAAAACAUUGCAGUAGAACAUUUAACAACAAGAUAUUCAAUAAAGUCAUAUUUCCUAAACAAUCAAUUUAUCAAUUUACACGAUGCGAUGGGCCGGGCGCCACGAUUCAUUGAGACGGUUAACAAACUCUCUGCAACGCACUCCAUUGGGCCAGUUAACAGCAUUUGAUGCAGUACCGUGUUUGACGUUGACGACGACUUUGUAGGAGAUGUAGUCCAAGCUUGAUUUUUCUUUCCACGCUGGUACCAAACAUUUGAACGAAACUAUAUUUCCAGGUCCGACAGUUUCUUCGACCAUUCGUUUAAAUUCUUCGUCGGUUACAUCGGGAGCUAUGUUGGAGACGAAUAGUGACGUAUUGGAGUGUCCUUGAUUUUGGAUGGAAUGAUCAUGUCUUGUAGAUGUAAACAGUGAGGAGUUUAACACGUGUUGACUAUCCCCACUUUGUUCCGACUGAAAUGAGGAUGCGUUCAAGCUGUCGAAUUUAUGACUUAGUUCAUUCAGCAUUACUUUCGUUCUUUCCAUUUCCGUUUUAAGUUCAACGAUGUCACUGGUGGUUGUACUAUCAAUGAUACUCGCCUUUUGAGAAGAUCUGCGUUCUUCUUUGGCUCUGCGACAUUUGUUGCAUAUCCAAAGAAUAUUGGGAUUCAUACAUGCGAUUCCUUCUGCUACUGACAAUCCUACGCACACUGCAUGGAAUAAGAGUGCAUUUUCACAGACGCUGCAAAUAACCACAGGAUCAUUGCACGAGAUCGUGUCUACACUGAUUGCAAAUAGAGAGAACCAUAAUGCGGUAUCGUAAUCCCUAUUCGGUUGAAACUCGGUUUCUUCUACUAGACAGCAGAUGGCUUGGCGCUCAAAUCUGAGAAGCAGGAACAAUGGCAAUGUAGACAACAAUAAUACGUCACACGGUAGCUUUCAAUCGGUAUGGUAGAAAGCGAUGUAAACUUCGAUGAAAACGUUUGUUAUCUGGUUCUAUAGCUAUUUAUUUUAUUAUCCACGUCGACGAGUGAGGUUUAAACAUCAACGGAAAGUUAAACCGAUAAUUAAUUGCUACUGAUUUUAACUCAAAUCACGGACUAUGCCCACAGCACAGAGAAGAGGCAUCUAGCUAUAGCAAGUAAACACACACUGUUCUCUUACUCCGACGUUUCGAUCCGUAUCGGAUCUUUCUCAAGGAUUCGAGUUAUCGAUUGCUUUCUCGUCAUUUGGAUUUUUCAAUCUCUCAACCGUCAUUUGAUUUUUGUGGAAAUCCGUUUUUACCCGGAAAAACCACAAAUUUGAUUUCACUAAUCGGGAUUUGGACCGCUUUCGAUACUUUCGAUUGUUUUUGAUCUCACAAUCGGACUGAAAAGCCAGAAAAAUCCUAAAAAUACACCAAGAACAGUCGUAACCAAUUGGCAAAGUAUUACGUAACGCAAGAUUUUGCAGUUUUAGAUCGCCUCCCUCCCCAACGUAACAACUUCUGUAUUGGAAAUAUCGAAAUUUUAUGUGAAGCGUAGCACAGCGCAAGACCAACUCCCCUUCCCACAAUACUUUUGCCUAAUUGAAUAAAUCCUAUGUAACUCAAUUCCGAAAUCACAGAAAAACUGCAGAUAUUUUUUGUAAAAAAAUUUAAUCAUACCGAUAUAAAUCUAGACUGUUGGAAGACAGUAUUUACUAUGACCAAGAGUGUUUACCUAUGCGAAGUUGUAAAGGAGACAACUACAUUAUGAAUGUAUUUUACACACAUGUCCAGAAAAUUAUAAGGAAAAUGCAAGGGAUGUUAUUACUCAAUAAACCUUAAUAUCCAAAAAAUGCUCAAAAGCUCAAAUUCAGAUAUAUUAUUUGCGGGCUGAUAAAUUUCAUGCGAGAAAGGCAACAUAGAUAUCGAAGAUAUAAACAUUAUUUUAGAACAAAAAUCAACCUACAGUAAGUUCACAAUCACAUUCAUGAAAAAAUGUUAUCUUUAAACGUAGCAAAGAACAGUUCUGACUUUUAACCAAAACCCUCUAUUAAAAAAAAAUGCUCAGAGCGUUCUACCCGAAUAAAAAAUACAGUAGAAUAUAUUGUAUAUUGUAGAAUAUAUUGUUUUUAAUUGUAGUUUCACCACUGGUUAUACAUUUAAUUAAAUGGUUUUGGAAUGGUUUUCUUUUGUUAUGUUGUAUUGGUUUACAUUACAUAAACCAUGUAAUGUUAUAUUAUCUUGUCAUUUUCCUCCUGUUAAUGGCAUCUUAGGCUUACUAGCACUAUGAGAAUGCGCUUUGGGAAUUCUCCAGAGCGUUUUGGAUAACCUUUCAUAUAUUGGAUCGCCCACGUCUAAGUCUGAGUCGAGGACUGAGUAGUCUCUGAUUGCAUUAACAGUUGAAGCUUAGGCUCCCAUGCCCCACCAGCCACCGGGUUUCGCAAACUAAGCAUUAUUUGUGGCAACACUUUGAGCGGCAUGAUGGAGCUAUGCCGAGCGCGCUGAGCAUUAUUAGACCACUAAUGUAGUUGCAUGAAGUGGGUGACGAGGCACAUAAGUAUCAUUGCAGCGUGCUUAACCGUUAUUGCAAUAUUGAGGCGCCAGUUUGACUAAAGUUUGAAAUACACGUACAUAUGUAUUUAACAACUCAUUAGAAAACUGUCAAGUUCGAUUCAAGUAUAAGUUAGGUUAAGAAGCGAACCCACAGACGAACCUAUAUUAGAAUUUCUUUCAGUAUUCAGUCCAGUCCAUAUGUUAAAGAUGGCUCUACGUCAAAGAUAAAGUUCGUCAAUCGUAUUCCUCUCAUCGCACUCUACAUACCUAGCCCGCCAUAUCUCUUGGAUCUGCGAUUCUUAAGACAUCUGGUUUACUACUUAUUUAAACAUUUUAUUGACUUUAAAUUGAUGUUUCAACUUAUUCACUUUUUUCUUUUCUUUCCUUUGCAUCAUAAAAGUCACAAAGAUCAACAAAACAAAGCACGGAAAAAAUCUAAAACUGAAUAAAUAAUUAAAAAUGCACGGAAAAAUAAUGUUUCGGAAAAGUGAAUGGUUCAAACGUAAGAAAAACAGUAUAAUAUAGUGUUACAUAAAAAUCGAAUGUAAAUGUAUAGUAGCUACAAUGUGCGAAGCUUUUAGUGAACCAUUUCAUUACAGUAUACAUUAUUGUAGCUGGUACACUGUAUGGUGCAGGAAUGGUUUUCACCAAACACCCUAUGGUUAGUUUUUAUCCGGGUACUAGGAUGUUGUAGCUUUCAUUUGCUGCCAAGAAAACUUAAAAUCAUUUGACAGACGGCUAAGAUAUUUAUUAUGAUACACUUGGUCAAAAAUCUCUAAAAAAGCUAACCUGUAUUACUUCCAAGUAUAGAUAGUAGAGUAAACGACAUAGAUGCACUAAGAUGAACCCAUUGUAUCCAAACGAACUGUCAAUCGAAACGAGCACAACGUCACGACUCCGACAACAUCAAUGGAGCCCAUGACGUCAUAUUCCCUCGUCGCAUUUUUGAAAAUUACUAGUCACACGCUUGAAACAUUUCACUCAGUGAUGUCCGCAGAUCUAUGUUUACUGUACUAUCUAUACUUCCAAGUACUCCUGGAAAGAUAUCUCGGUAACCAAAUGUCCAACCGAAAUAAAAUUCCUGGGCGAUCUACUAGGAUGUUGUAUGUCGUCAGUAGCAGUAGGCGUGCAGUAUUUGAAUUUAAAUAUGUAACACAGUAGGCAUAGUAUAGAUUUUGAAUAAAAUGUUCAUUCCUAGUUUAACCGUCAACCGAAGUGUAGUUCUAUUUCUACGGCUCUUCUUAAAAGGUUAUGGGCCAGGUGAAAAAUUAGGAAAAAUCGAAGGAAAGUGAAAAUGGCAUCGCCGGAAAAUGCCGCAGGAGUCCGCGGCAUCGGUGACCCACAAGGAAACCCGAACGCAGUUCAAAUUUCGUCAACGCUACCGUGCAUCGCACUUUUGGCCGGCCGUGAAAACUGGAACACGUGGAAAUUCGCGGUGGAUACAUUUUUGGAACUCGAGUACUUUUGGGAAGCAGUGAAGCCGAUAGCCAACCCUGACGGAACAUUCCCGGCGGUGGACGCAUGUAAGGAUAGAAAGGCGCGUGCUAAAAUAAUCCUUCUACUCGAACCCGUCAAUUACGUACACGUGAAGGACGCAAAAACGGCCCGCGAAGUAUGGGCGAAGCUUGAGGCGGCAUUCGAGGACACCGGCCUGACCCGGCGUGUAGGACUCCUCAGGAAGCUCAUCACCACCACGUUGGCCGCUUGUGACUUUAUCGACACGUACGUAACACAAAUCGUUUCAACUUCCCAUCAGCUCCGGGGUGUUGGAUUCGACAUUUCGGAAGAAUGGGUUGGAACGUUGCUGCUAGCCGGACUGCCGGAGGAGUACAGUCCCGUGAUAAUGGCCCUGGAAAGCUCUGGAAUGGCGAUCACCGGCGCGGCCUCAGCAUAAAAACCAAAUUACUCCAGGAAGUGCAGACGACGAGGGACAAGACAGCGUUUGUUGGCAAAAAGGGCCCGCCGGCGAGAAAACCGCGAAGCGCACACGAGAAGUCAGCCGAGCAGCCGAGGCAACCCAGGUGCAAGCGUUGCAAGAAGUUUGGACACAUCGCUCGAGACCACGGCGCAAAUUUCACAGUCGGACCAUUUCACCAACGAUAAAAACCUUCUGGUUAACGCAAGGGCAGCAAGCGGCACAGCGGAUAAUGUUGCUAUAACCAUCGUUGCCACCGCUUUAGCGAAACUGGAUGCAAAGUGCUCUCCCGAAAACCCACCGAUAUAAGUUAACGAUGUAAAAUUCAUCCCGUCGAUGUCAAAUAACCUCCUCUCGGUAAGUCAAAUCGUUCGCCGCGGCCACGUGGUGCAAUUUUUUGCAAGCGGUGUGAAGGUGAUCGAUCGAUCGUCAUAGCAACGGGUUGCCACGAUGUGGAGAAAGACCUGUUUCUAUUCGAUAAGAAAAAGUCAUCGUCGUCGUCGCUGGCGUGCACACCAAGUGGUAUGGAAGUGUGACACAGAAGAAUGAGAUUGGGAUAUCUUAACAUCGGCGGACUAAGAGCCGAUGCACACGGGCGGCGCGUCCACGCAGCGUGCACGCAAGUGCGUCCUGAGUUACACACAAUCAAAUGGGAGAAUGCACACGAGAACGCAACGCUGCUGCACCGCAACCGCGCUGCACCGUGUGCGGCACGCAAUGUCAACGCAUGCCCCACAGGAACGCUGCGGUGACGCAGCAUGAAUUCACGCAGCGUCAAUUAACGCUCGUGUGCAUCGGCUCUAAAGCAGCUGAAGGAUGGACUGGCUUCUGGCAUCGAGUUCAGCGAGGCGAAAUGCGAAAAUUGCGUCAUCUGUGCGAUGGGAAAACAGUCUCGUCUACCGUUUCCGAAGAAGGGCGUCGAGCCAGCGAAGUGUUGGAGCUAGUAUAUUCCGACAUCUGUGGACCCAAGGAGGAGUCGUCGUUGGGCGGUAGUCGGUAAUAUAUAUUCUUUACCGACGAUAAAACGAGGCGCAUUUCCGUUUAUUUCUUGGAGAGAAAGUGUAGCACAGAAGAAUGGGACAGCUUAACAUCGGCGGACUAAACCAGCUGAAGGAUGGGAUGGCUUCUGGCAUCGAGUUCAGCGAGGCGAAAUGCGAAAAUUGCGUCAUCUGCUCUCUAAAAUAAAAGCUCUCAUUUUUGAGUAGCGCCCAUGCCGCACAGGGACUGUGUUGGAAACACACAUUUUUUUAAAUUGCUCGCACGCUCACAAUUUUGCAAAAUAUCAAUAUUUUCCGGUAUUUGAAGGUGGUUUAUAAACCCAGUGAGGUUGCCAUGUCGAAAUUAUUGCAAAAUACAUGCUCAUAUGAGCGCACGAGCAAUUUAAAAAAAAUGUGUGUUUCGAACACAGUCAUGUGCGGCAUGGAUGUUUACUAAAAAUGUGCAGACCGAACACAUUUUUGAGCGUAGCCGUUUUUGCGUGUGUGCGAUGGGAAAACAGUCUCGUCUACCGUUUCCGAAGAAGGGACAUCGAGCGAGAUGUUGGAGUUAGUACAUUCCGGUAUCUGUGGACCCACGGAGGAGUCGUCGUUGGGCGGUAGUCGAUACUACAGGGUGCGGCAGGAAAAAAUGCGAAAAGUUCAAGGCACUAUUACACGCUAAAUAUGGGAUAUGUAUGACUAUUUUUUCAUGACAGUGUAUCAGUCAAUGUCUAUAUUCUAGCACUGAAAAAUAAAAAUGAACAUAAUUGAUGUUUAACAUGUGAUAAUGUAGGCCUAAUAAGCGGAUAUCAAUAAACUGCGCGCCCAAUGGUCAUUAAACAAAAUGACUAUAACAGUAACAAAAUUAGCUCAAAUUCGAUGAACAACCAGACCACACUGGUCCAGAGCCAUGUAGUUUCACAUACCAGAUGAAAUAAGUACAUAUAUUUGAUGAUAUUGUAGAGAAAAUCAAAAAUUUUGUUUUAUCAGAUGCGAAAUUUAGCGACCUGUGCGAUUUUCUGCGGUUUGAAAAUUCUGGUUGUCUUCAUCUUCAGGCGCCGCCCUGUAAAGGUUAGUGACCAAAAUGGGAAAUUUUUUAAUUAACUUUUCAGGAAACUAGCCUAUUAUAGAUUAUGAAACGUUGAAACAAAGAUUGGUUAUUGUCAAAUGGACGAAAAUGAGGUUUGAAGUUGAAAAACACUUUCGCAUUUUUUCCUGCCGCAUACUGUAUAUAUCCUUUACCAACGAUAAGACGAGGCGUAUUUCCGUUUUUUUCUUGGAGAGGAAAUCCGAGACGGAAGUUCUUCAAGCAUUUGACCAUUUCCGCACUCUGGAUGAGCGUCAGCGGUUUAGCGGAGCGCGUGAACCGGACAAUUGUCGAGAGGGCUCGAUGUUUGCUGAUUGAGGCGAAUCUACCCAAGGCAUUCUGGGCCGAAGCGGUGGUGGCAGGUGCCACAUACUUGGUGAACCGUUCCCCGAUCAGGGGGCACAAGCAAACGCCGGAAGAAGCUUGGAGUGGCCGCAAACCGGAUUUGGCGCACAUCCGUGUGUUCGGUGCCAAAGUCAUGGCACACAUCCCGAAGCAAAAACGGCAAAAAUGGGACGCCAAAUCGAAGGAGUCCGUUCUCGUAGGAUUUGACGAAGACACGAAGGCAUACCGCCUGUACGAUCCUGUGUCCAGGAAGGUCUUCAAAUGUCGUGACGUCGUCUUCAUCAGCGAACCGUCUCAUGUGCCGUCACCAAGUCCGGCAUCUGAUCCACUUAGGAAGCCUACACCAGUCCGUACGUUUGUGGAGCUUGACUUUGAAGAACCACCAGGUGAAGUCGUCGUCGUUCAGUCACCCGAACCAGAUGAGCGACCCGAUCCGGAAGAGGUUCAGUCCGAAGAUGACAAGUUGGACGAGUCUGAAGCUUCAAACUACUUCUCGCAAGCACCAGCGACACCAGCGAAGGCGAUCUUUCGGAUGAGGCAUCCGGUGACGUGACAAUCAUUGCGCUCCCCCCGCAAAAAUCUUAAUAUCCAUCCGAGUCACAGGUGUUGAGGCGCAGCGGCAGGGAGCGCGUUUUCCCAGGCAAGUAUCAUGAGUUUUAUCUUCCUACCAAUUUCCAGAACAGUAUCAGGAUCGAUAAACCACCGGUACUUCACGAGUCGCAUCGGUUCCCGCUGCGAUCCAGCAGCAAACGCAACAAGGAGGGUCGACCAGCAACUGUCUCGUGAGCAAGGGCUGCGAUGACCCCCGCAGUUUCACCGAAGCGUUGCGAUCCGCAGACACUGACCACUGGAGAGCUGCAAUGAAGCGAGAAUAUCGUGAGUUAAUGCGAUACAACACAUGGGAGCUAGUUGAUUUGCCACCCGGCGAGCGUGCAGUGGGCUGCAAAUCGUUGUUCAAAACCAUACAGGACGAAAAAAGAAAUUUCAAAUGGCAUAAAGCGAGAAUCGUAGCACAAGGCUUCAAGCAGAAGUUUGGUGUCGAUUACGACGAAGUUUUCGCGCCCGCGGCAAAGCAAGUCACGUUUCGCGUGCUGCUGACUGUUGGUUCGUGAAGCAUGUGGAUGUCAAGACGGCGUACCUAAAUGGAGAGCUGGAUGAAGUCAUCUAUAUGCGCCAACCCGAGGGUUUCCAUUCCGGAACCGAACGCAGCGUUUGUCGUCUGAAGAGGAACCUAUACGGCCUCAAGCAGUCCGCACGCAUAUGGAACAAGAAGGUGGAUUCCGUAUUCAAAGCGAUGGGGUUCGUCCAAUCGAUAGCCGAUCCGUGCCUAUACAUCCGAAAGAAAGGAGGGACAUUCACGUACAUCCUCAUAUACGUGGAUGACAUUAUUGUCGUUAAACAAUCAGUUUCGGAGUUUCGUUUGAUUUUGCGGCAUCUUGAGGAGGAGUUCGCCAUCAAGAACCUUGGCGAUGUCCGACAUUUUCUGGGGAUGCAAGUUGAACGUUGCGUUGCAAGGAUGGAUUCAAACUCAACCAACAGGCGUACAUCCGGAAGCUUCUCGGAAGGUUCAGCUUAGAGAAUGCCAAGCCAGCAAAUACUCCGCUCGACCCAGGCUGCUUGCAGCUGAAGGAGGAGGAACAGGAGCAGCUUCCGAAUAACAGCCAGUAUUUGGGCUUUAUCGGAGGUUUACUAUACAUUGCCCUACAUACGCGUCCGGAUAUUGCGGUGAGCACUACAAUCUUGGCGCAAAAGUCCAGUUGUCCAAACCAGCAAGACUGGGACGAAGCCAAACGGGUGCUGAGGUAUUUAGGAGCGACAAGUCACUUCAAGCUAGCAUUUGGAUCUAUACCUUCGCCGGUCUCUCGAUGUAUGCUGAUGCAGACUGGGCCGGAGACCAUCGAGAGCGAAAAUCGAAAUCUGGGCAUUUGAUCAUGUUCGGAGGAGGUUUUAUUCAGUGGAGUUUCAGGAAGCAAUCAUGUGUGGCCUUGAGCUCUACCAAAGCUGAAUUGGUCGCGCUCGCAGAAGGAUGCCAGGAACUCAUCUGGACGAAGCGUUUGCUGGAGGACGUUGGAGUGUCUUCUUCUGAUCCCGUUGUCGUGUACGAAGACAAUCAGAGCUGCAUAAAAUUGGUGGAGUCGUCGUAUGGAGCGCAAAACGAAACACAUUGAAACCAAGUUCUACUUUGUUCGUGAUCUACACCAACAACGUCAAAUCGAUUUGCAGUACUUUCCGUCAGAAGAGAUGCUCGCCGACCUGCUGACCAAACCAUUCCAUCGUGUGCGUUUGGAGACCCUCCGGAAACAAUUAGGAGUCAAUCCAGAUCUGAACGAGGAGUGUCGUCAGUAGAAGUAGGCGUGCAGUAUUUGAAUUUAAAUAUGUAACCCACAGUGACGCCUAAACCCAACACAGUAGGCGUAGUAUACCCGCAUAGAGAUUUACAGUUUGUCUUAAUCUCCAAACAGUAAAUAUCGUGCAUCUUUUGCUGUUAAUGUAAGACAAAUAGUUGCUAUUAUGUCGCAGAAUGUGAGAUUUAACGCAGUCCACUAUUAAUCAUGGUAUAUGCAAUCCAUAUUAAGUGGUGACAUUAUAGUAUACUGUUCAAGUAUUAUUGAUUAAUAUGAAUAAUAUGGAGGUGAAAGUUCGCAAGUAAAGGUGGCAGUAUUAACUCACCGUAUUUCAAACUGUUUGCGCUUUUUCUCUGCAACACACUUACACACGUGCGUUUCCAUUAUAUGUUACUGAUGUUGAACAAUAUGACAAACAGUUGCACGCAUCUGUAUUUGUGAACAAAUGGAAAUCGGUUGAUGACUGUAAUGACAACUUUCAAAACAAAGAAAAAAAAAUCGGAGCAGCAGCAGCAGUUUAUUGUAAGUUGUGGUAAGUAUUUUAUUUUACUGAGAAAUUUAGUCAAUCCAAAGGAAACAUACAGUGUACCCUUUCUAUUCGUAGUCGGAAUCGGUUUCCACCCGGAGGCGUUAGCAGUCGUCCUCAUCGGUGGCCUACAGCUGGAAAUUUCAAUGCCGCUAAAAAUUUCAUCCGCGGCGCAUCAUCGAACCGUCCGAUAACAAGGCAUGAGGUGCACCGUCUACCCACGAUGAAGCAGAAAAUAUCUAUUACGGAAUGCAGUUAUUCUACUAUGGAGAACUAUAAAUCACUAGUUCUACAUACAGUAUUCGAUUUUCUUUCAAAUAUAUGGUUAAACUGUUCCCCUACCAUUUGCUAUGCAAUGAAUUGUCUGAAAAACUGGAUAAUAUAUCGACCAUAUUCUUUACUGUAUUGCGAAAAUUUUGUUCGGGAAAAUGAGCGAUUUUUUAUGGUAACCAAUCUUAACCGCCUAUUCCACAAACUGUAAUUUGGCGGCUUACUGUUUGUCAAACUGGCAAAUCUGUACGUGGUAUGGUUAUGUUACUGUUAUCUCGGAUAGUUUGAGAAAUGGUUAAAUGACAAUUGCUAAUAGUCAUCAACAGUAUGAGAAACACUAACUUUACUGUUAGCGAUUAUGCGGGUAGAUUUUGAAUAAAAUUUUCAUUCCCAGUUUAACCGUCAACCGAAGUGUAGUUUUCUUUCUACGGCUUUUCCUAAAAUUGUAGCUUUCAUUUGGUGCCAAGAGAACUCCAAUCGAUUAACAGACGGCUGAGAUAUUUAAUAUGAUACACUUAAUCAAAAAUCUCUUAAAUAGCUAACCUGUAUUACUUCCAAGUACUCUUCGAAAGAUAUCUGGGUAACCAAAUGUCCGAUAGUAAUAAAUUUCAAUACGGUUCUACUAGGACUAGGAUGUUGUACCUUUCAUUUGGAGCUAAUUGUAUGAAUCGGAUAUCAGACAGCACACACAAACCAGGGGGAUCGAGGCAUCUAAGUGUAGCAGAGUUUUUCCAAUCGGUUUUCUCUGCUGGGGAGGUUGGGAGGAAAAAAAAACACACACACACACACCGGGGCAGCAGAGACAGGAGUCCAGGGGCUUGACGAACCCCCCCCCCCUUCUGUGAGUCGGGUGGCAGCUUAGGAGUUCAUCCUAAGCGAAAAUCGUUCGCACAUCCGUGUGGAUCACCUUUGGCUCUUCCUUCUGCGAGUGACCGAGCUUCUGGUUUCCAGAUAGCUCAAGCAGAGGAUGCCUAGGAUGUGGCGGGGUUUCAACAGUGGGCUCUGUUGGAUCUCCAUAAAAAGCCACACAUCCGCAAGCAACUCUGUACAUGCGACCUGGCACCGCUUCCAAAGUGUCUUAGCCCAAAUACUCGGAGUGCUAACCGGCACAUCAGGAUCGAUGCCAGUAACAUCCUGAUUAUGGCAUACUGGUCAACGCAAACGACAACGGACUACGGAUUACGGAUCGGAUGACGACGAUGGGCUGACAUUCGUGCCAUUCUGCUCCCUGAGUAAGGAAGGGUGACACCUACUUGAAACGGCGAGUGGGCUAAUGGUGCGUUUGCCUCCGUUCCGGUAAAACUUUGGCAGGCCUCCGGAUACGUUCUUCAUCUGUCCAUCAAUUUUGAUGGGUACUAGGCUCGGAUGUAACACUCCCGACUUACGCUGAUCUGGCUCUGAACACGGACCCCAUGAAGGUACGUGUUCAACCCUCGCUUGGCCUCCCUGAUUCAUAGACAACCAAGAGAUCAUGAAAGCGACUACGUGCAGCAAGUGGAGAUAGCGGCUCGGAGGGGGGACCCAACAACAUGGAAGGAGAAAACAAGAAUAACAGCGGAAAGGUGGCGAAUCCGUUCGCCAGAGGAGGAUUGAUGAGGUCUCCUCAGCAAAGAGAAGAAGCGGAACAGCAACAAGAAGCGUUCUUGCAGCGAAGCGCGGUACACGAACAUAACUACAGUGUACAACAGGAGCAACAGCAGCAGCAGCAAAUGGUGGCCCAAGUGCAACAGCAGCAGCUGCCGACGAAUAGCGGAUGGGGCGUGCCCCAGCAACAUCCGAAGGUUCUAGUGGCGAAGAACUGGGUGGAAGAGCUCCACGAAUUCGUCGACAAGAAACACAAUGUGCACAAGGACAUCAAGGAGCUGGUGUUAAAGAUCCGGAGAGCUCUCGGAUCAGCCGUCAAGGAGUGGACCAACGUGUUGCAGAGAGCGGAAAUAGCCGAAAGCGAAUUGGCAUCGACGAAAAACGCUCUCGCUGAUAAAACGCUGCCACAGCAAACACCGAGAACAGUCCCGGGAAACCUCGGCAAGAAGGAGAAACUAGCGCGAACGGAAAACACACCGAUGUCUGCGACAAAGAGACACCGAUCCUCGCCAGGAGAUGAAAGGCCAGGAGGCUCUAAAAGGCAGAGAGACAAUCUGCGCAAGCGAUUGGCCGCCGCAGAGGCAGAACAGGUCGGUGUCGGCAACAGAGAGACCCAGUGGCAGACUGUGCAAAGAAAGGGCAAGGCAAAGCAGACGAACGCAGGCGCAAUACCAAAAGCAAUUAGGAGAAGCGUCAAAAAGAAAGGCGAAGCGAUUGUGGUGAAGACCCGCGAGGAAAGUUACCUUGAGGUUCUACGUACCAUAAGAACGGCUCCGGAGCUUAAGGACUUCGGCGCGGACGUACAAAAAGUCAGGCGCACACGGUCUGGAGAAAUGAUCUUCGAGCUGAAAAAGAACUCGAAGAACAAGAGCUCUUCAUAUAAGGAGCUUGCAUCGAGCGUCGUGGGAAACACUGCGCAAUUAAGGAGCAAAUGGAGAUAGGAGACGUUGAAAUGUCAGUCCGACUAAGAAGGGGACCUUCCGGGACGCAGGUUGCGGCUAUCAAGCUCCCGGUGGAUGCUGCCGACAAGGCGUUGCGAAUUGGCAAAGUGAAAGUCGGGUUUUCAGAAUGCUCACUGCGGGUUUCUCAGCAACCGGAGAUAUGCUUCAGAUGCCAAGAGUUUGGACAUCUGGUACGGAACUGCCGAGGACCAGAUAGAUCGAAACUGUGCAGGAGAUGCGGAGAUGAAGCACAAGAGUGUAAGAAGCCACCAAAGUGCAUCAUCUGUGAAAAUGAGGGGCGCAGGGACCACUUUACUGGUGGCCCAAAAUGUCCAACAUUCAAACAGGCGAUGUCCGGUAAAUCGCAGUGGAGGUAGUGCAAAUAAAUCUCAACCACUGUGAUACCGCGCAGCAAUUGCUGUGCCAAUCCACGAAGGAAGCGAAGUGCGACGUAGCAAUCAUCUCGGAUCCGUACCGUAUCCCAUCCGGAAAUGGUAACUGGGUAGCAGAUGAAGCUGGAACCGCUGCGAUUUGGACGGUUGGAAGAUAUCCCCUGCAGGAAGUGGUGUAUCGCGCGAUAGAGGGUUUCGUUAUAGCCAAGGUUAACGGCGUCUACAUAUGUAGCUGCUAUGCACCUCCACGCUGGACGAUAGAGCGGUUCAAUCAGGUGCUGGAGAAACUUGGCGACAGGAGGGCAGUCAUCAUUGCCGGCGAUUUUAAUGCCUGGGCAGUUGAGUGGGGUAGCCGCCUCACAAACCCCAGAGGAUGGAGCCUGCUGGAAACAGUAUCCAGACUGAACUUAGUUCUAGCCAACGAAGGAUCCACAAGCACCUAUCGAAGAGAAGGUAGAGAGUCUAUCAUCGACGUAACGUUCUGUAGUCCGACUGUAGUGAGAAGCAUGAAUUGGAGAGUCUGCGAAGAUUAUACGCCACCACGAUCACCAAGCGAUCCGAUACCGUCUUGGAGAACGGGUACAGAGGGCGGCACGUGGGGAUGAUUCCAAAGGGCGGAAGUGGAGAACAGAAGCAUUCGAUGAAAACGUGUUCGCAGAAGUGCUUCGGUAUGAACGCAAUAUGCUGAACCUGAGUCCGGAUGAACUGGUUUCGGUUCUCGUUCGAGCUUGCGAUGCAACUAUGCCGAGGAAGAUACAGCCGCGGGACGUCCGCCGACCAGUCUACUGGUGGAAUGGGAGGAUCGCCGAACUCCGUCGGAACUAUCUUCGAGCUAGGAGAAGAAUGCAACGGGCUCACACUGAUGAGCAAAGGGAAGAGCGCAGACCUUUGUUUAGGGCGGCAAGAGCGGCCCUCAAAAAAGGCAUCAAGCUCAGCAAAGCAGCUUGCAUGCAGGAACUCUGCCGUAAUGCGGACGCAAAUCCAUGGGGAGAUGCCUACAGAGUAGCUAUGUCAAGGAUAAAAGGCCCAGCGACCCCACCCGAGAGGUGUUCAGAAAAGCUGAAAGCCAUAGUAGACGGACUGUUCCCUCAGCACGAGCUAACGGUCUGGCCUCCCACGCCGUAUGAGGAAGUCGCCGCUGAUAUGGAGGAAUCCCGUAUUUCCAACCAGGAGCUCAUCACGGUAGCGAAGAGCUUAAAACCCAAGAAAGCGCCAGGACUAGAUGGCAUCUCCAACUUGGUUCUGAAAACAGCAAUCCAACAAAACCCGGAUAUGUUUCGAACCACAUUGCAGAAGUGUAUCGACGACGGAAACUUCCGCGAUCGUUGGAAGCGGCAGAAAUUGGUUCUGCUGCCGAAGCCGGGCUAGCCACCCGAAGAUCCAUCGGCGUAUAGGCCUAUAUGUCUGCUGGACACGACUGGAAAACUUCUGGAGAAGGUGAUCUCCAACAGACUCGGAAAUUACACAGAAGGCGAGAACGGACUAUCGAGGAUGCAGUUCGGGUUCCGAAAAAGAAGGUGUACAGUUGACGCUAUCCGGCUAGUUGUUCAAGCAGCCGAUGCUGCCAUGAAGCAAAAGAGAAGAGGAAAUCGCUAUUGUGCGGUCGUCCAGGGUUGUUAACGUUAAUCAACGAUUAACGCCGUUAACGUUAAUUUUCGUCCGAAUCAACGUCAACGGCGUUGCGUUAAUUUUCUAGCCAGUUAACGUUAACGUCAACGGAAUGCGUUAAAUUAACGUCAACGAAUGUCGUUAAUUUUGGCGUUAAUUGAUGUGAUUUGCUUUGUGAUCUAUGUGACACUUGUGUUUUUUUUUCAAUUUUUGGGUAGAUUAAUAUUUGUGUUUGACAAUUUUUUUUUUCAUUACUCACCAGGGGCGUACAAUUUCGUUUCAAUGAUACACUUUCAUUCAGCAUUUGAAUGAGUCACUUCCAAGGAUGGCAGAAAAUCACUUCAAGCGAUAAAUGACACAGGAUGAGAAUAAUCCAAGAUAGCCUUGUUCUUGCAGUAGCAUGAUGCCGACGCCUCACACCGUGCUCGUAUCACAGAACAAUUAAAGCAUCUGAUGCACGCUUUAUCGCGUGAUGAAACGUUAUCGGAUCAUGUUACAAGUCAUGAUAAAUUUUAUUCAUCACAUUGUUUGCCACUUAUGCACCCGUAAGCCGCAUUCAUGAUUCGAAAUGACACGUUCAUAAGCAUAUCUGGAAGUUAAAUCAAUAAGAAUACUCAAAAAGUGAAUGAAAUCACUAAUUUAUCAUUUCGACUUCAUGAUAACGAUCGCAUCGCGCCCGCACAUGCCGAGCGAAUCAUUCUUCUCGGACCGAAGUUUGUUAUGAUGCUUGACGACAAAAUGUUAUCGUUGUUGCUAUGAUCGCGCGAUGCCGUUCGACCGCGACACAUUCGAAAUCUGAUCAUGAUCACUAGAUUUCCAUCCUUGGUCACUUCAACUGUUUCAUAUAUUUUUCUAAUCACUCGAUUCGUUUUGAAAACUUUUCCGCUCAUCGUAGCACUCGGUAGUCUCCCACCCGGUCGCAUUGCUUGUGCUUCACCCGUCAGAGCAUUAGUGUCUCACUGGUGCGCGCUAGUCUCUCAGUGGUUACAGGCGCCGAUUAAUUGGAUUUAAGUGGUCGAAUUUGUUAUCGUUCAUGUUCUUGUUCAUAAAACACGCAUACCAGGAACCUACAUAUUAUCGAACUUGCAUGAACCUAAAAUCUUUUUCCAUUGGGUUUCAGCUUAUGGUCUUACCUUUCAGAAAAGCCUUUGUUCAAAAUAUUCUAUCGGUAAAAAUUGAAAUAAAUCAAGUUUGAAGAUUUUCUAUCAAAUGAGGUAUACUCAGAGCAUAAUUUUGUUGAUCAUUCCGAACUGCAAACAACAAGGCAUCGUGCGUGAUCUGUCAUGGUCCCUGUCAUACCCGAUGGACUCUUCUUAGUUUUAUAAACAUUAUAUUCACUUAUCAUUUCUCCGGCAUCUGUGUUAUAUAAUCAGCCCAAGGAGGUCUGCCGUGGUUAAUUAGCUCAUUUUUCUAUUUUGUGGGCUUCGUGGUCAUGCGGUUAGUGGAGUUAAACGUUUAGGUGUAUAUGUAGUAAGUCAUGGAGUAAGACUCUGAAGAAAC